AGAAUGGAGGGCGCGGCCGGAGUGACGGGGCACCGCGCCAAUGGGGGCGGAAACGGAAGGAACGCUCUGUAGUCGCCGGGAGGAGGACAAGCCGCGCGGGAGUCGGAGCCGGAGCGCGGCACCACGUGAGCGGCCUCCGGGAGCGCGAGAAUGGCUGAGCAGGACGUGGAGAACGAGCUGCUGGAUUAUGAGGAGGACGAGGAGCCCCAGGUGGUGGCGGAUGCGGUGCCCCCUCCAGCAAAGAAGGACGUGAAAGGCUCCUAUGUGUCCAUCCACAGCUCGGGCUUCCGGGAUUUCCUGCUCAAACCUGAGCUACUGCGAGCCAUCGUGGACUGUGGCUUUGAGCACCCGUCUGAAGUGCAGCACGAGUGCAUCCCACAGGCCAUCCUGGGCAUGGACGUGCUGUGCCAGGCCAAGUCGGGCAUGGGCAAGACGGCCGUCUUCGUGCUGGCCACGCUGCAGCAGAUUGAGCCAGUGGAUGGACAGGUGUCGGUGCUGGUGAUGUGCCACACGCGGGAGUUGGCAUUCCAGAUCAGCAAGGAGUACGAACGCUUCUCCAAGUACAUGCCCAGCGUCAAGGUGGGGGUGUUCUUCGGGGGCCUGUCCAUCAAGAAGGACGAGGAGGUGCUGAAGAAGAACUGCCCCCACAUCGUGGUGGGGACCCCGGGGCGCAUUCUGGCCCUGGUGCGCAACAAGAGCCUCAACCUGCGGAGCGUCAAGCACUUCGUGCUGGACGAGUGCGACAAGAUGCUGGAGCAGCUUGACAUGCGGCGGGACGUGCAGGAGAUCUUCCGGCUGACACCCCACGAGAAGCAGUGCAUGAUGUUCAGCGCCACCCUCAGCAGGGAGAUCCGGCCGGUGUGCCGCAAGUUCAUGCAGGAUCCCAUGGAGGUCUUCGUGGAUGACGAGACCAAGCUGACGCUGCACGGCCUGCAGCAGUAUUACGUCAAGCUGAAGGACAGCGAGAAGAACCGCAAGCUCUUCGACCUGCUCGACGUGCUGGAGUUCAACCAGGUGGUGAUCUUCGUCAAGUCGGUGCAGCGCUGCAUGGCCCUGGCCCAACUGCUGGUGGAACAGAACUUCCCGGCCAUCGCCAUCCACCGCGGCAUGUCGCAGGAGGAGAGGCUGUCCCGGUACCAGCAGUUCAAGGAUUUCCAGCGCCGCAUCCUGGUGGCCACCAACUUGUUCGGGCGGGGGAUGGACAUCGAGCGUGUCAACAUCGUCUUCAACUACGACAUGCCCGAGGACUCGGACACCUACCUGCACCGGGUGGCACGUGCCGGGCGCUUCGGCACCAAGGGCCUGGCCAUCACCUUCGUGUCGGACGAGGGCGACGCCAAGAUCCUCAACGAGGUGCAGGAUCGCUUCGAGGUGAACGUGGCAGAGCUGCCUGAGGAGAUCGACAUUUCCACGUACAUUGAACAGAGCCGAUAACGGGAUCGGACCCCCCUGCCCAGAACCAGCCCGGCUGCUCUUUUUAACCCUUUCUAAGUCAGAUCACGGGUAUUUCAUUUUUUUACGCAGUUUUUAAACCUGUAGAUGUGUGUGUAACAGUGUCUCAAAUAAACUUUUUAUUACCAAG